AGUUUAGUUUAACCAUCGCAACGCUUGGGUCGCGAUAACUUGCUCCAGGUUUUCCAGUUUCCAGUUCCCAGGAUCAUCACUAGCACCUAUUAUAUUUUUUUUUUGGUUUUCCAAUCCAGCAUUAACUCAAAAAUGAAGUUAUUUCUAUGUGCCAUUGCUGUGACGCUUUGUGUGGCAACAACCGUUUCUGCCGCCAACUUCGAGUGCCCCAAGCCAAAUGGCCAGUUCGCCGAUGAGGUGCAGUGCGACAAGUUCUACGUCUGCGACGAGGGCAUCGCCAAGGCGAAGCUCUGUCCCGAUGGACUCGUCUUCGAUCCCCUCAACCGCAAGCUGAACAAGUGCGACCAGCCCUUCAACGUCGACUGCGAGGACCGCACGGAGCUCCAGGAGCCCAAGUCGAGCAAGUACUGUCCCCGCAAGAACGGAUUCUUCGCGCAUCCCGAUCCCGCCGUGUGCAACAUCUUCUACAACUGCAUCGAAGGCGAUGCCCUGGAGACCAAGUGCACCGUGGGCCUCCACUUCGAUGAGUACUCGGGCACUUGUGUGUGGCCCGAUACUGCCAAGCGUGAGGGAUGCAACCCUGAGCAGAGAACCUCCGAGACCGGCUUCGUUUGCCCCAAGGAUCAGCCAAAGACAGACGAUCGCGGCCAGGUGGUGACCCACCCGAAGUACCCCCAUCCCACCGAUUGCCAGAAGUUCUACGUGUGCCUCAACGGCGAGGAUCCCCGGGACUUGGGAUGCCAGUUGGGCGAAGUCUACAACGAUGCCACCGAGAUGUGCGAUGCCCCCGAAAAUGUUCCCGGCUGCGAGGAUUGGUACAAGGAUGCCGACGACAAGAAGGACUAAGCCACUUCCGGUUUAGCUCUCCCCAUCACAUCCACACGCGCACAAUCAUGCAAACACACACACGCACACACACAAUCACACUGAGAAAAACUACACAUGACAAAAUAACACAAAACAAAACAACACAACACAAAACACGGAUUCGCGUCUUAGUCACUUAAAGUUAGUAGUUCUAGCCCAUUUCCUAUAGAACGUAUGUGUAGCCGUUAAACUUCAAUAUCCUGUUUACUCUCUGUCUAUAUCCUUCUAUAUCUUUACUGUUUUCUUCCUCUCUGUGCUAUCUUUCCUCUUUGAACUGACUUUCUUUCACUAUUUCUUUCCUAUCUUUAUAUCUGUGCCCAACCGAAUUCUACGAAAUUGUUGUGUAUAUAUUUCCCAUUUUCAGACUUUCGCCUUAUUAUUAUACAAAAGAAUAAACUGAAUUUUUUAUAAACUAUA